CCGGCGGUGGAGGCGGGCGGUCUCCUCCGCUCCCCUCCGCGCCUCUCCGCGCCUCCGGUCUCCCCCAAGAUGGCCGCCGACGUGGGAUCGAUGUUUCGAUACCGGACGCGGUUUGAUGUCCGCCGGCUCCAGGUGAUUGCACUUAGUAAGAGAAGCAAGGAGGCUGAGACGGCUUUCCUGAGCGUUUACAAGCAAUUAAUCGAAGCUCCAGACCCUGCUCCUGUGCUGGAGGCUGCCCGGAGCCUGGAGGACCGGCUGCAGCAGCUCCAGCGCCUCGAGCCUGAACCGGCCCCCCUGAAGGACAUCAGCCGCCCCUGGAAGAAGCACCUGGAGCUCGUCGGCACCAAAGAGCGCAGAGAGGGGACGUCACCAGCAGCCGGGCUCACGGCAGCGGCCGAGCCCCUGCUCUCCGGUGUCGACGGCAAAGGACUGUGCGCAGAAACCUUGCUGCAGAGAAAUGAGGCAGAAAAGCAAAAGGGGCUGCAGGAAGCACAGGUCACUUUGGCUGCUCGGCUGGGAGAGGCAGAGGAGAAGAUCAAAGUGCUCCAUGCAGCGCUGAAGGCCACCCAGACGGAGUUGCUGGAGCUGCGGUGUAAAUACGACGAGGAAGCCGCGUCCAAGGCAGACGAAGUAGCCAUGAUCAUGACGAACCUCGAAAAAGCCAACCAGCGAGCAGAGGCGGCACAGAGGGAGGUGGAGAGCUUGCGGGAGCAGCUGGCAGCCGUGAAUAGCUCCCUCCGCCUGGCCUGCUGCUCCCCACCAGGCACUGCCGGGGACAAAGUGAACUAUUCCAUGUGCUCAGGGUCGAGGCUGGAGGCGGCUCUGGCUGCCAAGGACCGGGAGAUCCUGCGGCUCCUGAAGGAUGUCCAGCACCUCCAGAGCUCGCUGCAGGAGCUGGAAGAGUCCUCUGCCAACCAGAUCGCUGAGCUGGAGGGGCAGCUGGCCGCCAAGAAUGAAGCCAUCGAGAAGCUGGAGGAGAAGCUGCAAGCACAGGCGGACUACGAGGAGAUCAAAACGGAGCUGAGCAUCCUGAAGGCGAUGAAGGUGGCCUCCGCCAGCUGCAGCCUUCCCCAGAGCAUAUCGAAGGCAGAGGAGGCCCUGCUGCUGGGGAAGGAGGCUUUCUACCCCUCCCAGAAGUACCUGCUGGAGAAGCCCAGCCUCCUGGCCAGCACUGAGGAGGAUCACUCUGAAGAUGAGUCAGGGAAGGAUUCACUGGGCAUGGAGCAGCCGUACCCAUCCCCCCAGCACGCCCCAGCGGACGAACCUGCCUCCCCCACUCCUCUCCCGCCUCUGCCUGGCCCCGGCCUCGCCCCCGACGGCCCCCGGACUUUCUCCCUGUCUCCCUUCCCGGGGGGUGAGCGGCUUUCAGGGGACCCCAAGGCCCCCCACCUCCCGCCGCCCGCUUACAAGAGCGAGAGUGCCGGGGGGGGGCCGCCUUUCCCCUCCACCUUCUUCGGAGCCAAAAGCACCACCGUGCCCCCCAGCACUGUGCCAGCUGCCAGCGCCGCCAGCCCUCCCAGUGAGCCGUCCGAGGGCAACGCCGGCAGCUCUGCCGACGAGGAACAGCUGGACACGGCCGAAAUCGCCUUCCAGGUGAAGGAGCAGCUGCUGAAGCACAACAUCGGGCAGCGGGUCUUCGGGCAUUACGUGCUGGGGCUGUCACAGGGCUCCGUCAGUGAGAUCCUGGCCCGGCCCAAGCCCUGGCGCAAGCUGACGGUGAAGGGCAAGGAGCCGUUCAUCAAGAUGAAGCAGUUCCUUUCUGACGAGCAGAACGUGCUGGCCCUGAGGACUAUCCAGGUGCGCCAGAGAGGUAGCAUCACGCCGCGGAUCAGGACGCCGGAGACCGGUUCUGAUGACGCCAUCAAAAGCAUCCUGGAGCAGGCGAAGAAGGAGAUCGAGUCGCAGAAGGGAGGGGAACCCAAAACGCCGUCGGCGUCGCAGGCGGUGGCCAACGGGGCGGGCGGCAGCAGCUCAGAGGACGCCAUCAAAAGCAUCCUGGAGCAGGCACGGCGGGAGAUGCAGGCACAGCAGCAGGCAUUGCUGGAGAUGGAGUCGGGGGGCAGCGGGCGCCCCGGGGACACGCCGCCUGCCGAGCGCUCCACGCUGGCCACCGUCAACCAGAACAUUGUCCCGACCUAUGUCAAGCAGGAGGAGGGGAGCGGGGCCAGCCCCGGCCCUCCCCAGACGCCUCUGGCUGUCCUCUCGCCCGCUGCCUUCGUCCAGAGCAUCAUCCGGAAAGUGAAGUCGGAGAUCGGCGACGCUGGCUCCUACUUUGACCAGCACUGGGCAUCGGAGCGGAGCCUGCUCAGCCGACCCUACACUUCCGUUUCACCUUCGCUUUCCUCCUCCUCCUCGAGCUACUCCAGCAUGGCCAAUGGCCGGGGCUGGCCGCGGGGUGAGCCCGGCGAGGGUGGUGCUAAUGAGGAUGAACUGCCGCCAGCAGACGAUGAGCCCCACCGGCUGACGGAGAUGAAGGCGGAGGGAGCCGGCACAGAGCCGGCGGCUGGCGGUCGUCUCUCCUACUAUCCCGCCUACGUGCCACGGACCCUGAAGCCCACUGUGCCGCCGCUGACACCGGAGCAGUACGAGAUGUACAUGUACAGGGAGGUGGACACACUGGAGCUGACCCGGCAGGUCAAGGAGAAGUUGGCCAAGAACGGCAUCUGCCAGAGGAUCUUUGGAGAGAAGGUGCUGGGACUGUCCCAGGGCAGUGUGAGCGACAUGCUGUCGCGGCCCAAGCCGUGGAGCAAGCUGACGCAGAAGGGUCGGGAGCCCUUCAUCCGCAUGCAGCUCUGGCUGACCGACCAGCUGGGCCAAGGCAUCAGCCAGCAGCCGACACCCUCCCAGGCCAGCCCGGUGGAGCCCCAGCCAUCCCCCUCGCCGCCCCCCAGCCCCGCCGAGCACGAGAAGGGCUGCCAGGAGCCCCUCACCCUGGCCUUGGAGAGCAGCAAGGAAAACCAGCAGCCCGAGAGCCGGUCAACACCUGCACUGGGUGGGAAGACAUACCCCAACAGCCAGGGACCCGUGGGCAUCCAGGAGAUUGUUGCCAUGUCCCCUGAGCUGGACACCUACUCCAUCACCAAGAAGGUCAAGGAGGUCUUGACGGACAACAAUUUAGGCCAGCGGCUGUUCGGGGAGAGCAUCCUGGGCCUGACGCAGGGCUCGGUGUCCGAUCUCCUCUCCAGGCCCAAGCCAUGGCACAAGCUGAGCCUGAAGGGGAGGGAGCCCUUCGUCCGCAUGCAGCUCUGGCUCAAUGACCCCCACAACGUGGAGAAGCUGCGUGACAUGAAGAAGCUGGAGAAGAAAGCCUACCUGAAACGUCGGUAUGGGCUGAUGAGCGCCGGCUCGGACAGUGAGUCCCCCAGCACCCGCUCCGAGUGUGCCAGCCCCAGCCUGCAGCCGCAGGACCUCAGCCUCCUCCAGAUCAAGAAGCCGCGAGUGGUGCUGGCCCCGGAGGAGAAGGAAGCCCUGAAGAAAGCCUAUCAGCUGGAGCCCUACCCCUCCCAGCAGACCAUCGAGCUGCUCUCCUUCCAGCUCAACCUCAAGACCAACACCGUCAUCAACUGGUUCCACAACUACAGGUCACGGAUGCGCCGGGAGAUGCUGGUGGAGGGCGCGCAGGACAAUGACACGGACCCGGAGCAGAGCGGUGGAGCGACCAUCCCCGGACGCCGGGCCCCCCACAGCCCCGAUUCGGAUGCAGAGGACCGUAAACCUGUGUUCAGGGGGGGUGAGCACCCCUGCGCCGCUGCACCCGUGAAGGUGAAGGAGGAGCAGGGGGAGGCGGGCGGCUGGGGCCGCCGGCGGGACUCACGCAGCCCGGCCGGGGCAGCCGAGGGGACCGGACCUCCCCAGGAGGAGCGAGGGGCAGCCCCCCACGCUGCCGCCCCCAGCACCGGCAGCCUCCCGCGGCGGGGGGGCCGUGCCGGUGCCACCACCGGGGGACCACCACCACCACCGCCACCGCACCCUGACAGCUCCCAGUCCUCCGCGGGUUCAUCCCGUUGCAGCGUGGAGGUCUCCCCAACAUCACCCUCAGCGGCAUCCUCACCCGGCCUCGCCGGCUCAGCCUCACCGGGGCCAUCCUCUGCCGGGCCGGUCUCACCAGCGCUGCCGCCGGCUCCCGGCCCCCGGCUCAGCACCAGCGUCCAGCGGCGCCAUGAAAAGAUGGCCAACCUCAACAACAUCAUCCACCGCCUGGAGCGGGCCGCCAACCGCGAGGAGGCCCUCGAGUGGGAGUUCUGAGCGCCCCCCCCGCCGCCCUAAAUAUAUAUAUACACACCCACAUAUAUAUAUAUAUUUUGUUAAAUGCAGCACGCGCCGAGAGGCGGCAGGCAGCCAGCGCCACGGAGGGGAGCGCCCGUGGAAAGGGGGGGGGCCCCGCUUACGAAGCUGCCCCCCCCAGCUUUGUUUUAAAUGUGAAAAACUGGGAACAAUUUUAGAAAAGAAAAGAAAAAACAAAAAAUAUUUAUAGACCUCUUUUAGAUAUUUUAAUAAAAGGAUACUUUGGAAUUUAUUAACAGCUUAAGCUGCUUUGAUAUUAAAGAUAGCUAUAAAAUCAAGAUGAUGUAGCAGUCGUGUCAUUAAAUGUACACUGAAGUCUUGUAGUUUGCCACUGGAUGAGAUUAAAAAAAAACAAACAAAAAAACCCACAGAAAAGACUUAUUGAGCAAAGCCAUCAAGAAGCACUAUAAGACUGACCAAAUUUAAUAAACUUUUGCUGAGCGGUUUCCACCUCUGUCUGUAAGACACUGCAUCGCUUCUGCCCCAGCCAGAGACUGCGUCAUAGUCCCUGAAGACUCUAAAGCGAAAAACCUUGAUGCCAUCGAGUAUGUAUUUAGUUCUGGUGGUUUAUGUUUUUUGAAACCUUUGUAACACAGAAUGUCCCGUGCGGUUGUAUAUGUUGUAGAAAUGUCUGCAAUAGCCUUCUGGAACAAGAUGUAGCAUGGUCCGAACGCCGUCCCUCGCGCUUCCUCCAUCUGGCAACCGGUGGCAGCCCCAAUGCAGCACAGUGCGGCUCCUGCCAUCUCCCAAAGAAAGAGAAAAAAUAAUGCAAAAGCAAAGAAAGCAACCUGUGCUUGCAAUUUUGGGAGCAAGAUGGGAAGAGAGGUACCCAGGUGUGAUGCUCAGGGAUGGCUCCAGCUCGCUGGGGAUGGACAUCCAUGGGAUCCCGAUUUCCUGCGCUCUGCCAUCAUCCAUCUGGGAAAGAAAAACAGAUGGAGCCUCCAAGCUCUGCCCCUGGGGCACCAGUGCUUGGGGAUGAGCACCCAGAAAUCAUGACCCGCCGGCUCGCAGGGGGCUGAACCCUGCUCAGGGCUGCUCCCAGCAUCACAGCCAACUCUUGCGGCUGAAGCACUUUUUUUAGGGGGAGCGCCUGGGCAGGAGGAGCAUCCCCUCGCCAUGGCCAUGUCCCCAGGCAGUGGCUGCCGGUGAAGCCGGGACAAGCCUUGGGGUAUCGUGCCAAGCUCCUGCCUGAAUUGGGCAAGCUCAGACCUGAAUUGGGCAAAACACCAUCAAGCUUUGGCUUUCCAGGGCUGACCCGGUCCAAAGGUGCAGGAGCGCGGCGGUGGCACCAUCCCGGCGUGCUCCCUGCCGCCUCCCUGACCCCACCGCUGCCAGCCAGCCUCUGCUAACAAAAUGCCUUUAAAUGACACAAGGUGGACUGGCUGGGCUGCUCUGCCCUGUCCCCUGCCCACACAGCAUCAGCCAUCACCCACCAAGGCCACCACUGUCAGGAGGGCUCCCCUGCUAGGCUCCGAGGCUAUGCAUUGACUAAUUUUCCACUGUAUACAUUUUUAUCAGAAUAGAAGGUAUUUUUAUAUUUGGGUGGUAGUCAGUGAGCGAUGCUAAAAGCGGCUUUGCGAAGGCACGGCUCUCCUUGCCCACCUAACCUGCCCCAGCGAGCCCCAGCUUGCCCACAGCUGCUCUUUUCCCUGCCACCAUGCUGCAGAAGGUCGAGGCACGACCAUUGACUGCUCUUCUCCAUCAUGUGCUAGCGGGAGCUUUAGUGGAACGGGAUUCGAGGAAGCACUUAGGAUAGUCUUGAACACAGCAAUCCUGUUGUAUUAAAGCUAGCGGGACAUACCUGUCACGUUUUUUGUUAGGCUCAUGUACUGUACUUCAAAAGUUUCUAUGAGAUCGAUGAACUUUGUUUAACAAUUUUGGAAGGAACAAGUUCUGUAAAGAGCCACUAAAUACAGAAGUUGGUUACGA